UUUGGGGGGGGGGCUUCUGGUAAACGUGAAAACAGUUGCGGAGUUUUGGUUUUUUUUCAAGUUUUUUUCCGUUGAGUUACCGCGGGCUGGAGGAUGAAACACGAGUCACAGUGGAUAAUGUGACCGGAAUAUCGUUGACCAGUGAUUAACAGGGGGUCUGUCCGGCUUUAGACGGAGGUUUUCUUUUUUUUUUUUAAUUGGUAGCAAAGUGAUGGUUAUCGGUGAAAAAUGGCACGGCACAUCGGUCGUGUAUCGUUGUGGCCAAUUUGGUGGUGUUACGUGGUGAUUGGGGCCCUUUUAGAUUAGUGGUUGUAACAUGUGGCGUACAGCAACGGUCCUACUUGCUGCUGCCAGUGGUGUAUUAUCCCACGACACGUCGGCGGUUACGGCGCUGUAUUAUCGUGAGCGCUUAACCCUCGUACCGUAUUCUCAUCGCUGCUACGACAGCCCCCGUGGGCCACGGGGUCACCAUCGUGUGAUUAAAGAAAAAUAAAUAAGUGCACAAGUGUGUGAUACCCCCUUUACUCCCCUCCCCCCUGCCACCGCCCGCCCCCCCCUGACGCCCCUUAUCCCCCUUGAUCAAGUGAAAGAAGAAAUAUCGUGUAUUCAUGGGAAUAAGUAACCAAGUUCACGAGUACGGAAUUUAUUCGAAUGUGCGUGGAGUUGAAAACGAGAAAUUGAUCGUUGAUUGCUAGUUUUUUUUCUCCUUUUGUUGGUUUUAGUUUGCCGUAAAUUGAGUGGGUGGUUGGUGAAAGUGAUUAUCAACCCUUGGGAAUUAUUGAUGUUGAGAGGAGAUAAAGUUUAUCGAGGGGUUGAGAAUAAGGAGGUUUAUAUAUUUGUUCUGUGAGUAUCAGAGUUGUGUGUCGUUGUACAGUGCCGCCCCAAACGAUAACACAACAUCCGAUCCCAAAUGAAGAGUUCGGAGCAAAAUGGUUAGAGAGACACGUCACCUGUGGGUUGGAAAUCUGCCGGAAAACAUCCGAGAGGAUCGCAUAAGAGAGCAUUUCAAAAGGUAUGGACGCGUGCAGAGCGUCAAGUUGUUGCCACGGGGCGAGGAAUGCCCCGUGGACGGUGGUUCCGGUGGUACAAUCGGCGAGGGAAACGAGGGUGGCCCUGGCGGUGGCUCAGGUAGCACAGGCAGCACCACAUCCAGCACCGGGGCUUCCGCGACGGUUGCGUUCAUGGAUAUCAAAUCCGCAGCGAAGGCACACGCGACUGAACACACGCUGGACGAGAGAGCCCUCACAACCCAGUACUACGAGCCACAGCAUCUUCAGCACAGGUUUCCCACACACGGAAGUUCUGAGGAUCAUGGAUCCAGCGUCGUUGGUACCGUCGGUAGUGGCGUUAACUCAGUCACCGGAGUCACAGCAGAUCGUGUCAACGAGCGAGUUGUCGACAGAAGUAACGAGACUUUCGAGUCCCGUGUAUCCCACGGAGGUUUCUAUCCCAGUGAGAGAAGUAAUAGGGUUGAACACACGGUCGAUUCGUCAGCGGUCGAGACGGGUGGUUACAUACCACGUGGUAGGCCAACACCGAGUAGUGGCUACCACGUGACGUCAACGAGGGCGAGGGAUCGGCUUUAUCCAAGAACUAGCUCUUAUCCAACGGGUCCACCGCCACCGUCCCAUAUAGAUCGCCAUCGGGGGAGUAUACCAAUGUCGUCCUGGCUUGGGUAUGAGACAGGCUCGUCUAGGUAUGCGUCUGGACCACCGCCACCCUCGCCCGCUGCUACUGACAAUUACCAGGAGGAAUCUGGUGGUGGCAACGUCGGAAGCGGUAACACCGGCAGCAACAGCGGUACCUCAAGACAACACAAAAAACAGCGAAGAAAAUCGAGAAGUGGUAGCAGUUCGCCAAGUGGCUCGAGUCGCUCUGGCAGUAGUAGUAGCAGUCGUAGUAACAGUUCAGGUGGUAGUACAUCUGGUGGGAGUAGUUCACCGGGCAGUUCACCCCACCGUACCGGCAAUGCAGCUGUUUCGGAUGACAGGAGGCCACUGGCAAUAUGCGUUAGAAAUUUGCCAGCGAGAAGUAGUGAUACCUCUUUGAAGGACGGACUUUUUCACGAGUACAAGAAGCACGGAAAGGUCACGUGGGUGAAGGUUGUUGGAGCAGCUGGUGACAGGUAUGCACUUGUCUGCUUCAAAAAGCCGGAGGAUGUGGAGAAAGCGCUCGAGGUGUCGCACGAUAAAUUAUUCUUCGGUUGUAAAAUCGAAGUGGCACCUUAUCAGGGGUAUGACGUGGAGGACAAUGAGUUCAGGCCCUACGAAGCUGAACUCGAUGAGUAUCAUCCGAAGGCAACGAGAACCCUCUUCAUCGGCAAUCUCGAGAAGGAUGUCACGGCGUCGGAGCUCAGAAAACACUUCGAACCUUUUGGGGAAAUUAUCGAAAUCGAUAUUAAAAAACAGGGAGCCGUAUCGAGUUAUGCAUUCUGCCAGUACUCGGACAUAACUAGUGUGGUGAAAGCCAUGCGUUCGAUGGAUGGUGAGCAUCUCGGUGCUAAUCGAAUUAAACUUGGUUUUGGCAAGUCAAUGCCAACGCCAUGUGUGUGGGUCGAUGGUAUUGGUGAAUGUGUUUCUGAAAAGUACCUGAAUAUGCAGUUCCAUCAGUUUGGACCAAUCAACCAAGUUGUUGUGGACCGUGAGCGUGGACAUGCUCUCAUAUUCUUUGAGCAGAUAAGUUGUUCACAGACAGCUGUUAAAGAGAUGAGAGGUGCAUCACUCAGGGGACGUAGAUUGCAGGUGGAUUUUGCCUCGAGGGAGUGUCAGGAGACAUUUUACGAGCAUCUUGAGCGUCAGGGUGUUGCUGGGGAGAAACCAUGGGACUCUAGGCCCUCACCUGCGGCGACAUUUGACGUUGCAAGAGACAGGAGUUUCGAGUCAUCCGUAACAGUCCCCAACGCCGGCAGUAGAUUCACCCGUUACGAGACACCCCCUCGAGCAAGGACAGCCUCCUACUCCCGCACCCCUGGUGGUGGUAGCACCCCAGGAGCAAGUCCAGCGCACCCAACAGCAAUGUCCCGAAGUAGUAGACGCUCCUACCAAUCAGAUCCCUACUACGACGGCGACUACACAGAUCCACCACCCCGUAGAUUUCGCAGUUACGAUGAAUUUAGUCAGGGCAGUGGUGCUAGUCACGACGAUUACGAGAGUAGUGUAAUUGGUGAUAGUAAAUUAAACGACGAUGAUUUACCACCACCACCUAGAAGACACAUUGUCCAGAGUGUUGUAACGAGUGUCGAGCCCCCAGCCCCACCACCAAUACUCCUCCCACCCCCUGACAUAAGGCACCUCCAGAAGGAGCGUGUCCACUUGCUCGAGCAGCUUGAGGAGUGUCACAGCAGUGGUGACGAGGGUUUUGCACCAAAGAAACGUAAACUCGACGCCUCAAUCCUCUGCGAGGACGAGGAGCCGGAGAUAGCGUCACUGCUGGUGACGUCGCACUCGCGAAAGGGAAUGGACGUGAGACGAGUGAGUGACAGUAAAAUUCUCCACCACACUGCGAGAAGAAGUAGCUGCGAGGGCAGAGGUCCAGGCCCCUGCAAGAGAAGACGCGACACAUCGAGCAGACAUCACGAGCACCACGACGGCUCGAGACCAGGUACACCACUGGUGGACGAGAGACCGGAGAACAUAAUGCCCAGUGAGCCACGAAGGUUUCGCGAACGAAGCCAAGAGGGCCCCCUGUCCCUGCCCCUCCCCAGAUUCGCUGCUCAAAUGAUGAACAACAACAACAACAACAACAACAACAGCACCGGUGGCUGCAACAGAACGACGAGUGUAAAUGUACCAAAAGUAGCGAGCCCACCAGGCAACACAGUACUGCCAUCACUCCCCAGUCCUCGAGCUGCCCCCCAGCCCCCAGCAUCGCCACCCCCACGUCAUCCAAGCCCCAGUCCAACGAGUUCAGACAGCGAGACAGCCCCCCAGUCCCCAAGCCUCGAGGAGAGAAUACGCUCCCUGGACGAAAAAUACGAAAGAUGGUCUGGCUCACGAGCCCUCAGUGCCGCUGGUGGUGAUGCCCUUGCCAAGCUCGAUGCAUCAGCCUCAGAGCGCUUCAGGUUUCGUCACAAACUGCUGGACCUCAGUGAUCUCAGUGAGGUGCAACCCUCGGACAUCGUCAAAUCCGUAUUAGCUAAGCGCAGUGUAUUCGACGAGGACUCAAAGAGACUUGAGAAUUUCAACGAAAAGUAUGAACCACGAGAAUUCACUGGUAUAUCAUCAGUGGUUGGCUCAGCAACAUCAACAGCAAGUGGUGCAUGUGGCAAAGUGUGCUUGCAGUAUCCAUUCCCAAGUCAUCCACCAGUUGUAACCACUACCUCGACUUCAUGUCUCACAGCAGCAUCGACAACCCUAGUGUCACCAUCAUUAAAGACUGAUCCACGUAUUGCUGUACAUAAUUGCAUACAUCCACCACCAGCAACCCCAAUAACACCGGGUACAUCAAUAAAAACAGCUAGUCCAGAAUUGCCACCAGUUUCAUUGCCAAUUGGUCAUGCCACUGGUACCAGCAGUUUUGCUGCCAGUGGAUUGCCAAUAUCCAGUAAUGUUAGUAUUGGCUCAGCAUCGAUGUCGUCGAUGGUGUACAAUCCUGUUACCACGAGUGCAGCUGUGACGACGGCCAUGGCCCUUGUCACAACAGCAACUACGACGAUCACGACGUCGGGGAGUCAUCAUUCGAGUUUGCACACAACCACUUGUACCUCGACGACAACAGCGACGACACCAGCGGCUGCUGUGACCUCGACAGUGGCAGCAACAACAGCUGUAACGACCGGUGAUUUGGGGAAGGUGAGGUCGAGGAAGGAGGCAGGGGGGAGGGAGAGCAGAGACAGCAGAGACAGCAGAGACUCGAGGCACAGCAAGAGCAGCAAAGAGAGUGCGAGGAAGCCCAGGAAGGAGGAGGCGGAGGACAAGAGUCGAAAGGAUUACGAGAAGGAGGAUCGAGUGUUGAUGGAGUCGAUCGACAGUGAGGGCCACAAUAAAGAGAGCAAGGAGACAAGGUACGAGCGAAAGGAGCGCGAGGAGCGGGAGAGACGAGAGAAGGAGGAGAAGGAGAGGCAGGAGCGGAGGGACAGGGAGGAAAGGAAGGAGAGGGAGGAGCGCGAGAGGCGGGAGAAGGACGAGGAGAGGCGGGAGAAGGAGCGCCUCGACAAGGAGCGACAGGAGAAGGAGAGGAGGGAGAGGGACGAGAGGGAGAGGAAGGAGACGGAGGAGAGGGAGAGGGUGGAGAAGGAGCGGAAGGAGCGGGAGGAGAGGGAGAGGCAGGAGCGGAGGGAGCGAGAGGAGCGUGAGCGGAAGGAGAGAGAAGUGAGGUUGGAGAGGGAGAAGCAGGAGAAGGAGAGGCUCAGGAAGGAGCGGGAGGAGGCGGAGAAGAGGGAGAAGGAGGAGCGGGAGAGGAUUGAGCGGGAGAGGCGGAGGGAGGAGAAGGAGAGGGUUGAGCGGGAGAGGAAGAGGGAGAGGGAGGAGAGGGAGAGGCUCGAGAGGGAGAGGCGGAAGGAGAAGGAGGAGCGGGAGAAGAUGGAGAAGGAGAAGAGGGAGAAGGAGGAGAGGGAGAGGCUCGAGAGGGACAAGCUUGAGAAGGAGAAGCGGAGGGAGGAUCAGGAGAGGCGGGAGAAGGAGAAGGCUGAGAGGGAGAAGCGGAGGGAGAGGGAUGAUGGGAAAAGACCGGAAAACCAUGUUCACGUCUCUAAUCAGGUUCAGGGGCAGGCAUCUCCCGCUCCUGUGUCGAUGAAGCGCAGGUGCUCCUCUCAGGAUGCUGUGCCGGAGGAAGAUGCCAAGAGGAUGAAGAUCUCGGAGCACAGGAGGGACAGUAAGGACAGACCUCGGCAGAACAGAAGGUCUGAGGACCGCAAGCACAGGAGUGAGACUCACAGGACGAGUAGAGAUAGUAGGGAGAAUCGGGAGAGCAAGGACUCUUCCACUUCGGUGCAGAGUCAAGACAGUCGGGAGAGUAGGGAUUCCUCGCAGACGCAUAUCGAUGGGACGAGGGAGAUGAAGAUGGAGGGGAUCACGAGGGAGAGUAGGGAGAGUCGGGAGAGCAGGGAUGGUCGGGAGAACAGGGAGAAUAGGGAGAAUCGGGAGAGCUCGAGUGUCAAAGAUAAGCAGAGGAAGCGAAGUAGAAUGGAGCGCUCCGACAAAGAGCGAGAGCGCAGUCCCCGAGUGUCUCACGAUCUCGACAAGGAGUUCUUGGUUAGAUUGGAAUUGGCAAAACGCUCUGACUCGAGUCCACCGCAUAAUCAGGACGUUUCAUCUCGUCACAGAGAGCCACGCGAACAUCACCAUCAUCAUCACCAUCACCACCAAGUCUCUAUGAAUCUACAUUCCGAUAAUGACGACGGGCACUCGUCCACUCAUGAGAUGCAGACGAGGCAUCCCUCGCACACGACUGACACUGACAGUGACGAGCCCAAGAAGCACUCCAUCUUCGAUAUCAUUGACGACGAGCCUGCGUACAUCAGCAUGUACGACAAGGUGAAAGCGAGAUCCACCAAGAAUAUGCAGAAGCUCGAGGAGGAAAAACGCCAGGUGAGACUCAAGGACAAAUUCUCACAGCUGAAGCAGAGCAGAGCGAGACGAGAGGAGAAGAAGCAGAGCACCUCCUGGGACGGGGAUUCGGUGAGCAGCAAGGCCCUCACCGAGGACGAAUCCACUGAAUCCGACUCAACGAGAACGAAAUCCCUCUCCAGGAAGGGCUCACGAUCCCGAAUUCAUUCGGACACGAGUGAGGAGGACGAGUCGUUCAACAACAAACUCCACAAGAUCAAAACCGAGAGAUUCGUGGAGAGCGACGUGGACCUGGGCUUCGCUGACACCGAGGAGAAGCACACGCCGACCGACCCCACCAGCAUGAUUCGAACCAUCAAGGAGGAGCCGAGAUCGUCGGACGACGAGGAGCGUCUGCCGACUGUUGAGUUCCCCUCGAAUCACCCCGUCAUCAACAAUCACCAGCGAGACUCCAGGAAGAAGUCCCACAAGAAGAAGCAGAAGCGCCAGAAGUCGUCGAUAUCCAGUGAGGAGGGGAUUACGAUCAAGUCCGAGCCCUCUGACAGUCUCGACCACAAGAAGGGUCUUCUCACCUCUGAGUGCCGAGCGAAUCACCUCAACGACUCCGACCCCAUCAUCGCCUCGGUGACGACCAACAUGUCCGAGGGGACUGAGGAGCGCAUGAGGAAGGACAAGAAGGAGAGAAACAAGAAGGAGAAGAGACGAGAGAGGACCAGCGAGGACAAGGUCAAGGCCAGGAGAAAACGCCUGAGUCGACAGGAGGCGAGGGACUCCCAGAGGAUGGAGGACAUCUUCGGCCCUCUGUCUGACGACGUCGACGAGGCCCCCUCGAGCACCUUCUUCAACCGCCUCAGCAGCCUCCCCUCCGAGAACAACACCUACGCGACCGACAGCGAUGGCAUCCGCAGUCCCAUUCUCGACGAGAGGAUCCGGAGGAAAACCGAGAAGAAACGUCGCCACCAGAACGAGGACGACAACAGUGUGGACCUGGCGGAGGCAGGUCGUGAGAUCGAGGCGAAGCUCCUGGGGCUGCCGUCGUCGCCGAAGCCAGCGGCGACCUGCGCCGAGACCAAUGACCACGACGUCUUCAGGUUCACAGACGACAACGACAGCCACGAGCCGUCGACUCCCACGACAGCCCCUGAGAAGAUCAAGGAGAAGAAGAAGAAGAGGAAGAAGUCGAAGGAGGAGAGGAGUCGAAAGGACUACCAUCACCAUCAUCACCACCACCAUCACCAUCACCACGAGAAGACUGGUGCUCUGCCUUACCUGGGGGCCGACCCGAGCCCCCCACGAGCGAGCAGUCCUCUCCCUCGUAAAGCCAUGUCGCCGACCCACCCGAUGUCGAGGGAACUCCUCAGUCCAAUCCCCAAGAAUCCGAUCUCAGCGCCGAUUACACCGACAGCAGUUCUCACGAAGCCCGAGAAGAAGAAGGACAAGUUCAUCCCUGGUUUUGGUAUUGACAUCGACGAGAAGAUCCACGAGAACGCGAUAAAGAGUAUAUCGGAGCCUGAGGAGCGAGAGAGUGGUCGUAAAUCGGGGGCUGGGAGCCACGAGCACGAGGCGCCAGCCCCGGUGACGCCUCCACCCCCUCAGGUUGAGGACAAGCCGCGAGUGGUGAUAUCCCAGGAGGAGACUGAGGACGCUGUGGCGGCACUCCUGGAGGAGACGUUUGGAGGCUCCACCGAGGAGUUCUCGUACGAGGGUGACGAGGAGGGGGCCGAGGGCGACAGUGCGAGCAUCCCCCCGUCAGACGCCCCCCAGGAGGACGUCGAGGAGAUGCAGCAGGCUGUCGAGAGUUUGAACGCCUCGACAGCCGAGGCUGACGCAGAUCUCAAGCCAGACACACCGCAGAGCGAGCACGACCUGCAGAUCGACACUGACACCGAGGAGGACCCCAACUACGAGUCCUUCGACCUCACGCAGCCCCCGAAAACCCCGGACAUCCCGUCGUUCUACAAAUCCACAGCCAGCAAGCAGCUCGGGCUCACCGAUAAACCUCCAAACUGCGGGAGACCGUCGACCCCACCCUCGGUGAUCUCUUCUCACUCGUGGUCUGAGCACAAGCCUGUGAUCAAAUCCCCGCAGGUGGAGACACCGGAGGAGGCGCCAGCCCCAGCCUCGCCUCAGUACAAACAGCCUCUACCCUGUUCGGUGCCGAUGAUCAGCGACUCCCCGAGGAUAUCAGCAGCUGUGAGCCCUCGCCCUCCGAUCUCGACGACAGCUGGUCAGCCCCUGUACCAGCGGCUCCCAGUGUCCCUGCAGGCCCAGAUGGUCCCCCCACUUCGUCAGACCACCCCGAGACUGCCAGCAGUGACGACAGGCCCGUCACCCUCGGCUCCCCUUCCACCCCUCGUGCAAUCGAGAAUUCCAACACUAGUUCCCUCACAGUUGUCGCCCAGAGUCUCCCAGUCCCUCUCGCCGAAUGGCCAGUGGUCGAGAGCCUCGACGAUAACUCCACACCUGUCGCACGUCGCCAAACCCACACCACCACCAGCGAGAAUACCAGUGAGUGUUCCCCUGUCGGCGCACAGGCCAGAGGUCUCCUCCCAGCACAUUUACUCGACCGCUGCCAGUCAACAGCCUGUCAUCCAGCACGCACCUGGCAUGAGAGCCCUGGUCCCCAGCUACCCGCACGGAGGCCUGCCACCGUUAUCUCUCAACAUUCCACCGAGACCCUACAUGCCAGUGCCCCCACUGGCGCCAGGAGUCCAGCAGAAGUCUCGUGACAACACGUCAAUGGGAAAAUCAGUGAUCGAAACUGUGAUCGCUGCUCUGUCCAACGAGCCCCAGAGGCUCGAGGAGCCUAAACUCUCACCAGCUGUCAUCCCCGAGCCCACGAGCAAGGCGUCGACGUCACCGAAGGUCCCGUCACCAAAUCAACCACCAACUUUCAUCCCUGAGACAGCCAAGAUCGAGAUCAGUGCUGGCACGUCAGCUCCAGUCGUGAGUAAAGCCACGAGUGUCGAGAGUGCUGCUUUGUCACCGAGGGCACAGAAACAGCACCAGAUCAUGGAGAACGAUCUACUCUCUCCAAAGCAGAAGCAGGAUAUUGGGAACAUGCACUUGUUGACGACACACACACCGAGGGCUUCGACACCGAGUCCUGUUAUUGUUGCUCAUGGACACGUGGGUCAUAAGUCUGUUGUGCACUCCCUCGUGCCGAGUGCCACCGUCAAUCAGCCCUUGAUCAAGACCGUUGUGCCUGUUGUGACACAGCAGUUCCAGGUGCCUGAUAGCAAGGGGACGCCUGUCACCCAGGGCUACCAGUUGCCUAGGGCGCCAGUUCCCCAGAGGACUUUGGCGGUGAAGCCUCAGGUGGCAGUGGCGUCGACAGCCGGACAGGUGACGAGGGUCUCCACGUCGAGCGUCACGUCUGUCUGCUCGACGACGAGCUCGUCAGCCUCGACGGGCCCCGAACCUGGGGAGGAGAGGGCCGACCUUCCUAAGAAGAUUGACCCUGUGGAACCAGAAUUGCCGGUUCAGUCUCCAUCGGUUCCGCAGUCGCCGGAAGGUAAACAGGAGGCUCCAGCUGCUGAACCGAAGACUCAGGAUGAGGUCAAGCCAGAGGUCUCUGAGAGCGUCCAGGGGAAGGUGCAGCCUGCAGUCGAGCAGUUGAAGCCUGAGGUGGAGGCGCCACCGAAGCCAGUGGAUCUGUCAGAGCCAGUCCCCCCUAAACCUGAUCCUGAGGUGAAGGAGGAGCCAGAGGUGAAGCAGGAGCCAGAGCCUGUGCAGCCACGUGACGCCCCUGAGAGCUCCCCCGAGGAGCCGAAGGAGCCUGUGGGUGACCCUCUGGCCCUGGAGACCCUCAAGGAGGACCCGAUAGACAGCAAGGAGGACAGCGACUACUGGUCGGCGAAGGAAGUGAACAUUGAGAGUGUCAUAAAGACUGUGGACGCCCUCUGCGACAACGAGUCCAACGAGACUGAGGCCCACGAGGACGAGGACAGUCACGACAGGGAGCACAACGGCGAGUCCCACGACACCAGCAAGAGCGAGGACUGGCUGGACACCGAGUCGACAGAGGGCGACAGCAAGAAGGACUUCUCCACGAAUGAGGAGCAGGACGAGGGGGUGGAGACCUGCGAGGUCGAGACGACUAGGGCGAGGAGGGGCAGGGGGAAGAAGGGACGAGGGGCUGGACGUGGGGGAGUCACCACGAGGCGUGGACGAGGUGGGGUGUCACGUCGAGGUGGCAGAGUGCCCAGGGGUGGUAAACAGGAGAGGAAUAAACUGCCAGCUGACGUCUACGAAUUCCACGACGACAGUGAGGAGGACAACGCCGGUCGCCCCAGGUUGAUUCUGACGAUCAAGUCACCGGGUCCAAAUGUCGGUGGGAAUGCCCAGCCCCCUCAGCCAGUGGCUGCUGUGAAGGAGGUACCGGCGGAGGAGUUUGUGUCCCCAGCGAUAAACACGAGGAAGUCGAAGAGACUGGCGGAGAAGGAUGGAAGCAGAACGACUGUGGACGACAUCAUCGAGGACGUUGUUCGGGGCUCGGCUAAUAAAGGGGCUCUGCCAGUGGGUGUUCAUGCGACCAGAAGGAGCACGAGGCACAACAACGCCCCCAGGGCUGUGCAGCCACCUCCGGAGCCUCGUAAGUCCCCUCGUGGUGGGCGGAGGGCCAAUCGAAGAACGUCGGAGAACAACGAGGACAGCAGUGAGGAGAAGAGCAAGGAGCCCCCGAGGGAGGCGAGCUUCGAGGAGGCCGAGGGCCCUGAGAAGGUCGAGGAGAAGACACCUGUUCAACAUCAGAAUCCAAAGUCCCUUGAGCCCAUGACGCUGAUAGAUCCUGUCACGGGGAUGCUCAUUCCCAUGAGGGAGUCGGAGGAGGGCCAGUACAUACCGGUGUCCACGGCCUCAGGGCUGCCGAGGGGGGAGCCCAGGCUGCCAGACCACCAGCAUCAUCUUGCUCAUUCUCUUGGCAGGCAGGAGAACCCUGCGAAGGAGCAGGAGCCUGCUGACCUCAGUCAGCCACCCAAGAGCCAGCCCAGUGUCAUCACGAAGCCACUGGUGCAGGUGACGUCCUCUGUUGUCAUCCAGGCCACCAUCACUCCGACCACUUCGACGAUGAUGACGACAGCUGCUAAUCUCGUUGUCACGCAGACGACGUCGACUACCACUGCCCAGGCGAAGCCCACCAGCCUCAAGGCACACGUUUUGAACGCCAGCAAGAUGAACAAUCCUCCCAUUCCUCAGCCCAUCGUCACGAAGCCUGUCAUUCCGAGCUUGCCGACUCAACCCCAGAUUCAGAAUGUCAUUAAGCCGAGUCAGGGGGUUCAGGGGCUGAGGCUGCCUGUACCCAGUCGUGUGGUCUCACCCAGUCUCAGUCCUCGACCCAAGCAGAUCCCCACAGCGGCGAAUGGAAAGCAGGGACAGCCCAUGUCUCCUGUUCUCAACACCUCCAACAUUCCACCGAAUCCCAAGCAGCAUCUGCUGCAAGCUGCCAAGCAGAUGCAGUCGCAGCCCAUUGUCAACAUGUCGAAGCAUCCACCGAACAUUCAUCCUGGGGUGGGGGCGCCAGCGGUGAAGAGGGUGCACAAUCCUGUGGCGCAACCCACUGCCCUGAAGGGGAUCAAUGGACAGCCCCAUCUGCCCAGUCCCAAGGCGCAUCUCCUGCAGGCCGUCGUGCCGACUAUCAUCCCUGGAGGCGUCGCCAGUCCACCUAUUCAGCCGCAUAUCCUGGGAAAUCCGACGGUUGUGCCUGGGGCCAGGGCUGGAGUCCCUCAACCUGGGGUGCCUGGGGCUAUGGAACCACCUAAAGUCGAUGUGUCUUUGUCUGGGUGCAUCAUGGUGCCCACUGCCAGCCCUCAGGGGCAUGUUCCUGUUCCUACGUAUGAACCAUCACUGCAUGGUGCUGCGGGCGCAGCUCCAUCACCACGGGGUCAAUACGGUCUUGUACCCCCACAUCGAACCCAGAGUCCUCCACUGCCCCCACCUGCCCACCAUCAUGCUAAUGCUUCUCAGGGUGACGUGGGGAACCAUUACGGAGGUCUUCCCAGGGCUCCCGAGCUGCCAGCGCACUACAUGCACCCCCUGCAGUACCAGUACCUCCGAGCCCAGCAGGAGGCGCUGACCCCUAGGAUCCCCUACCACGUGCCUGGGGCGCGCUCGCCGCACCUCCCCCUGGACCCCCAGAUGGAGGCAACCGGUGAGGAGAGUCACAGUCCACCGCUGGAGCUCCGUCGAGGCACCAGAACACCCCAGGAACGUAUGACAGACAGUCCCCAAGUGGCCCAGGUCUACAUGCUCCAUCAGGGCCAGAGAUUGCCUCCACCACCACCUCAAUACAACACUGGCACCAAUCCAGGGCCUCGUGCAGGCUAUUACGAUCCACCACCCGCACACAUAAGAUCGCAGUUUCCAAUGGCCAGCGAUUCCCCAGAUCGUGCACUGACACCUGAUCGCCACAGAAAACUCCAAGUUGCCACUCCACCUCAUGCACCCAUUCAACCACAGCCACAGCCACAGCCUGAUUCACUGCUGAGAUUACUGCAGAGGUAUCCUGUCAUGUGGCAGGGCUUCCUCGCGCUGAAGAAUGAUCAGGCUGUUGUGCAGAUGCACUUCGUCUUUGGGAAUCCAAAUGUCGCGAGAGAGAGUCUUCCAUGCAACAGUGAUGGGUCGACAUUGCCGUUGAGAAUUGCACAGAGAAUGAGACUGGAGCAGACGCAGGUGGAGGGGGUCGCCAGAAAAAUGCAGACGGACAAUGAACACUGUAUGCUACUGGCAUUACCAUGUGGCCACGACCACGACGAUGUCCUUCAACAAAGUCAGAAUUUACAAACUGGAUUCAUAACUUAUUUGCAACAAAAAACAGCUGCUGGAAUCGUUAACAUUCAUGAUCCAGUGUCGCAACAGCCGGCGUACGUAGUCCACAUAUUUCCAUCCUGUGAAUUCGCCAACGACAGCCUAGCAAGAAUAGCCCCCGACCUCCUGCGUCGUGUUGCCGACAUCGCCCACUUGGUAAUCGUCAUCGCCACCGUCUGAGGCCAGACCUGGCUCCUAAUCAUUCCACCACCCAGUGGACAGCAUGAAGCCCCAAAGUUCCUCCUUCCCUCAACCAACGACACGAACCCCCUAAAAUCGUAACUGACAAUCAAAACAAGCUCCAGCUCUACUCAACCCCUGGAUCUGCAGAUUGUGAAACAGGUGGGGUGGGGUUGUGUGAUAAAGCGGGGAGGUUAGCACGGUUUAAAAAAAAAAUUAUUAAAAUUUUAAUAACGAAAUCCUUGCGUUCCUCUCCACCUUUUCAUUAAGCAUUGGCUCAUUUUCUCAGCCUAAUUCAGCAACUGAUCGUGUUUGUGGGAAUGACCGACAUCACUCUUGGUCUAUCCGACAAGCAGAUUGGGCACAUCCCCUCCCACUCGAUGUACACGAAACGAGAUUUAAGAAAACACCGAAAAUCGACGAUUAAAUAAAUCACUGACAAGAGAUGUCCAUAUUUGCGCCAAUGAGAGCCCGAAAAUUUCCAAACUCCACUCGAAAUGGAAUCACCCAGAUGUAUAAAUAAAAAAAAAAAACUGGAAAUAAGAAGCAAAAAUUAUGCUAAAAUCCAUAUAAACACGAGUUUAUAAUUAAGGCUUAGAAUUAAUGUUGUAUAAAUAUAAGCGAGCCAGCGAGGGCAUAACUACUGUGAUUUUAAUUAUUUAACGAUAUCUGCAUAUAUAAUGGUAAAAAUACAUUGAGAUGGUAAAUCAUAAUAAUGGUAAUGAAACAAAGAGGAAAAAAAAUGCAAAAAAUGGUAAAAAAAAUAUUAAAACAACAUAAAAGCAAACCGUUCCAGGUGCGCGCAAUAUGUGAUGUGUUUUUGUAUAAAUAAUUACUCUAUAUAAAUACCUAUGUAUUAUAUUACUGUAUACUAUAGUUUUUGCUGCUGCUGCAGUUGAGGCCGCCGCUGCUCCUGUCGAACUAGAAAGUAAAUGGACAAAUGAUGUUACAAAAAGAAGUGAAAUGUAGACAUUAACAAAAAAUAUUAAGUGAAAAAAACAUGAUGAAUUUCAAGGACUAUGUAGGUGUUUAUCCCUAGUGUACCAUACAACAAAUUCCUAGCAGGAUGUAACAUAUUAUCAUGAUUAAUGAUUAAUUAAUUAUAGAAAUGCAAAUUAGUGAUUAAUGAAAUAUGUACAUUAUAAAGAACUUAUAAUAUUAAUUAUUAUUAUCA